CGAUAACCGUAGGAGCCGGCGAGUCGGCUCACGGUCGGCAGCGGCUCGAGCAUGGCCGAGCGCGGUGCGGCACGGGGGCGGCGCGACGCGGGGGGGACGCGACUCAGUCUCGGCGCGGCAACCUAUCGGCAGUGACGCAGUGCCGCUAACGCUUACUGUGAAGCAUAACGCAUUUAUUCCGCGCCGCGCCGCAACCAAAAUGGCAGUCGAAAUACAACUGAUAAACGAAAUUGAGAAGCAUGAACUCCUGUAUAACUUCGGUCUACCGCAGUAUAACAGGAAGGAUCUGGUCGAAGAGGCUUGGGAAGAAAUUGCAGCGAGCACCAACAUGUCAAUAAGCGAUUGCAAAGAAAAAUGGCGGAACAUAAGGUCAUCGUUCUUGCGGAGUAUGAAACCGAGUGGGACAAAAAUAAAAAAGCCGUACUAUUUGACUGAAUAUCUGAGGUUCAUAGUGCCGUACUUGAAGCCAACGACAACUUCAGGCAUCGAGAGCGCAGAUGAGACUCUGUACCACUCCCCUCAGCAUUCAAACGAGUCAGAAACGCUUAUAAUAAAGACAGAACCAAAUGACCUUGAUGAGAAUCAGGAAGAAAGCAACGAUAAUGUAAUCCUCAGCGAUUUCUUGAGAGAAAGGCCUGCGAUUGCUAGAAAGAGACGGCGGUUCAUACCAGUCAGAAAACCGUACGAGGCUGUCAGACCACGAGCCAAACCAGUAACACCAAUAGAAAGAAACAGCAACACCGACUUGAACACAAACAACAGUGCUAUGAAGAUGUUCCUUCUAAGUCUCUUACCAGAAAUAGACACAAUGUCCGAAGACCAAGUAAGACUGUUCAAAAUUAAAACGAUGAUGUUAAUUGAUGACAUUAAAGGCAAUUAUGAGCAAGUCAGGCAAUCUACCUCUUCAAUCAAUGGCGAGAGGCUGCAAAAACGAUUGAUCAAUCUUCUGUUAAAGACUUUGUCAAAAAGUACGAAAGAGAAUUCGAAAUCGAAAUAAAAUUGUAAAGGCGUAGUACUUAGAUUUUGUGUUUUAACAAAUUGAUUGAUUGAUUUAAUUGCUUAAAAGCAAUUUAUUGUGAAACAAUGCUAUGUUAAUUAAAAUAUGUAUAAUUAUGGUUGGCCCACGUCAACUGUUUGACGAAAGCUGAAGCCUUAGUACGAGUUUCUUUUACGUCUAACGAGUUCGAAACGAGAGCGUAUUCGGCGCUUUGAUUGGUCGGCUCGAAUAAACCAACUAAUCAGAGCGCCGAACGCGCUCUCGUUUCGAUUACUUUAAGCGUAAAGCAAACUCGUACUAAGGUUACUGAUUGGUUGGUUCAUUCGCGUCGGCCAAUCAGAGCGCCGAACGCGCUCUCGUUUCGUUUUUGUUUAACGUAAAGCAAACUUAUACUAAGGGUACUGAACUAGUUUCAAGUCGUACUGGGAGCUCAUAUUCGUGUCACUCGAAACUAAUAGAACUUUUGUCCGACAGUUUAUGUGAGUGAACUAUAUCUACAUAUAUUUUAAUUAAUUUAGUAAGUUUUUUGUUAGAGAUAUUGUAAGAAAUAAAAGACUGUUAGGUACUUGAUAUUUAUAAUGUGAAGAACUGACGAUUAAAUGGCUUAAGAAUGUUA